AUGGUCAAGGUGCCUUCCGUCUCGCCUACCACGGGCAAUGCAGGUGAGUAUGGGGCACAAGAGGUCCAGCAUACAAGCACAAGCCAUGCUCAUCCGCUCUGCUCUUCCCCACGCCACGCCACGCCACGUCUCACAAGUCCCGCCAUACUACCUGCACGCCUCCUCUGCUCACUUUCGCGACACCAAGGGCCGAGCAGUGCUGCUGCGCGGAGUCAACCUCUCUGGCUCCUCCAAAGCGCCAUUGGGUCAGCCCAGUCAGAAGCUGCAAGGCUUUUGGGAGAGCGCAGAGAGCGGCCAGGAGAGCUUUGUGGGGCAACCGUUGGAUCUGGAUGAUGGCGGCAGCGCUGAUGUGCACCUCGCCAGGCUUCGACUGUGGGGCUUCAACUGUCUGCGAUGGGUCUUUACCUGGGAAGCGUUGGAGCACGAGGGUCCGUGAGUCGUUGGCCGUGGUGCGGACACGGCGAUUGCGCUAGCAGUUUGUGGCCAUGUGUGCUCAUCGUCCAGGUGGCCUGUGGCGCUAAUCUCGACACAGCGGCAAGUACGACGAAGAGUAUAUGCACUACACUGUGCGCGUACUGAGAAAGGUCAAGCAGUACGGCUUCAAGGUGUUUAUGGAUCCGCACCAGGAUCUGGUGAGUCACGAGUGCGACAUGUGCGCAUCUCACUACACGCGCUCACUCGCACUCGCACUCGCACACGCACACGCACAUGCCCACGCCCACUCCCUCGACUCUAUCCUGCCCGUCCACCAGUUCUCACGCUUUACGGGAGGAUCUGGCGCGCCGUUCUGGGUGCUCACCGCCUGCGGUCUCAAUCCUCGCAACUUUACAGCCACGCAAGCCGCCUUUCUGCACUGCGAAUGGCCCAACGCUUCCCAUCCCAGUCCCAUCGACUUCCCAGACAUGAUUUGGGCGACCAAUUACACUCGUCUAGCAGCUGCAACGCUCUCUGUGCUCUUCUUUGCUGGCAGCGAGUACGCUCCAAAGUGCAUCAUCGACGGCAUCAACAUCCAACACUGGCUGCAGAGGCACUACUUUGAUGCCGUCGCUCGGCUGGCCUCCAGGAUCAAAGAUGCAGGCAACCUCUUGGACGAGUGCGUCAUUGGCUGGGAUUCCAUCAACGAGCCCAAUCCCACCUACGUUGGGCUGCAGGACCUGGCUGUGCUGCCGAAAAAGUGGCAACUGAGAAAGGGUCCCAUGCCUACGCCCUUGCAAAGCAUGCGUCUGGGCGUCGGCCAAGCGCAGACGGUGGAGAAUUACGUGUUUGGAAGCUUGGGACCCAAGAGGCAAGGUAGCGUCACCGUCGAUCCCAACGGCAAGAGCAUCUGGCUCUCUGCGGAAGAGGAUGCCAUCAACGGCGGACCGCGGUGGGGCUGGAAGAGGGACUCGCAGUGGCCCGUGGGCAAGUGUUUGUGGGCAGCACACGGCGUGUGGGAUCCAUCGACGGGCCAGCUGCUCAAGCCAAACUACUUUUUCGAGACCUUGGCACCGCCGGAGGAGAGAGAGGCGUUGGCUAACAAGGGUGUACGUUUGUACAGGCCCGUCGAUUUUGUGGCGGAUUUUUGGCUGCCUCACUGGAGGGGUUAUGCAGCUACUCUGCGAGCCAUCCAUCCGGAAGCCAUCAUGUUCCUGCAACCUCCAGUCUUCGAGCCACCGCCCAAGGAGCUGACGUACGACGAUCUUCGUGGUCGAGCCGCCGUAUCCGCUCACUUUUACGACGGCCUGACUCUCAUCACCAAACACUGGAAUUGGUUCAAUGCGGAUGCUGUGGGCUUGCUGAGAGGCAAGUACUCCAGCGUAUUGAGCGCAGUGCGAGUCGGCUCGAAAGCCAUCCGAAACUGCAUACGAGAUCAGAUUGGAUACCUCCGACAAGAUACGUUGGACGUGCUCGGGGCGUACCCUACGCUUAUAGGCGAGCUGGGUAUCCCCUACGACAUGGACGAUAAGCGAGCGUAUUUCGGAGACGGUAAAGGCAGAGGCAUUGGCGACUAUUCUAGCCAGACCUUGGCGCUGGAUGCUAGUCUGAACGGCUGCGAUGGCGCCAACGUCCUCAACUUUGCGCUGUGGACGUAUUGCGCAGACAAUACGCAUUUAUGGGGAGAUGGCUGGAACGGGGAAGACUUGAGCAUUUGGAGCAUCGACGACGUCAAGAGGGAUCGUGCAGCUGCAUGGCCUUACUCGCAAUUAUCUGGCAUCGUGCGUGCUUGUGACGCCGAUCCUAAUUUCGUGCCGGGUCCUGGCGCAGGCACUUCACCUCAGUACAGCACCGCCAGUCUCGCUACACUCGUUGCCCAAAGCUCUCGCAGCAGCAGCGACGCUGCUGCGUCACAGACGGCUUCAUCGAGCGAAGCGGCACAGCACGUACUUCACGACGCAUCGCCGGAUGCGCAAGAAGCACCGCUGCUCCUAGCCAAGGACGUGGCUUUGCUGUGCAACGGCAGUCGAUCGGCCGCCGCUUUCAGUCGACCGUAUCCGAUCGCUACGGUAGGCGAGCCGGUGCGCAUCGAGUUUGACAUCAAGACCUCCGAGUUCACGCUCGACGUCAACGUCACGCAAGAAGACUUGCAAGAUGCUCACGACAGCGGUGUGGGUGGAGAACCCAUCGCUACCGAAAUUUACCUACCCUUUGUACACUACGCAGCGGAUGCGCUAGCGGGUGCCGCGAGCGGAAAUCUCUUUGACAGUGGCAAAGCGGUGCAUUCGGAGCUGAAAAGAGAGCGCGCGCGAGAUCUCAAGCGCGCCAACGAGCUCAGUAGAACGAGCACGCAGAGCGACAUUGCGGCACGCCCAUCCAUGGGCAACGACUCUUCCAGCGUGCUCUCCGACGUGAACACGCUGCGGCCCGCGCCUUCCAUGCAAGCAUCGAGCGUUUACUCGGAGACGGGCUCGUCGAAGAUGAGCCAAUUGACCAGCAGCCAAAAGUCGCGAAAAAAGUUGCUGGCUGUACCGGCUGGUCGAAGUUCGCCCUCUUUAGUCUCUCGCGACGUCUCUCGUUCAGCGUCCUCCUCGUCCUUGUCGCCCGCGCAGAGCACUCGUAUCCCAGAAGGUGUAGCUCUGUCCAUCGAUGUGCAAAUAUCGGCGGGCACGUGGUCGGUGCAAGGUCAGCACCUCAAGUGGUACAUGAGACCGGUCGAUGCGCUUGUAGGAGUCGACGGGUUGGGAUCUCAGACGGGAGCACCCUUCACCAAACACACGAUCAAGGUCAAGCGGGCAGGCGGACCUCUAGACUUUAGUCGGAGUGCUUCUGUGAGUGUCCCGGCGCGCUCUCGCGAUGCUCGCCGAAAUGCGCGCGCUCAUCGCCUUCUCCACCCCUUGCCCGCCCAGGCUUGGGAUCUCAUCACUACGGGCUGCGGCUUUUUUUACUGA